UGUUGUUUUCGUUUCAAAAGCAGUUAAUUUUCUUAAAAUAUCCGGCAUGGACUAUGCCAACGAACUGGAGGCUUUCAUUGCCGAGCAGAAAAGGCUGAUAGAACUUGACAAACAACGAAUCCAGCCAAUUCAUUUGGAAGAUACGAGCAAACGCCACGAUGGUCCAGCACCCGCAGCAGCGGCACUUGCUCAAGACGAACCAGUUUCACGGAAAACUGGUGAUAGUUUUACAUCCACUGACAAACUCUCAAAGGAGAUGGUUAAUUCGGAAAUAAGUAAGAAAACUAGCUCAGGAAAACCAACAAACAAAAAUCCAGCAGAGAAAGUGAGCAGCGCUGUGGCGGCUUCUAUUCCGGACCAAAGGAUUAUCGAUCUGGCAAAUAUGGACAAAUCGCACGAAGGGGAUAAAUUAUCACCACGAACAUCUAUCGAAGGACCGUCCAACACAUCAUCAUCACCAUCAUGUGCGAAACGGGUAUCGCCGCAACAGGAUGAAAUGGAACAGUGGGUCUCGGAUACGUUCUUUUCGUACUUUCCGAGUUUCAACAAAAAGCAAACGGAAGAGAAAACCGUCCUCUCCCGCACGCGCCAGCAGGAGUAUCAAGAGUAUUUGAAAAAUAUCCCCGAGGUAACAACCAAGCAUCAACAGUACAUGCAGAAGUACGGCACCGGCAAACCGGCAGGAAAGGCGUCAUCGUCGAAUGAGAAAGCGACCGGCACGACCAGUCCACCGCCGGCGGUGGGUGGAGGGGGUGCAAGCCCCGGGCAGCCGCAGGUUCGCUUCGGAAAGUCGCUGGUGGCGGAAGCGAAUACAAACUUCCGCAAAGACACUAUCGAUCGCAGGAACAGGAUGUUGGCCGAAGAGGAAAGUCGCCGAAAAAUGGACUAUCAAAAGGAACUUAUUAAGCAGAUCGAAGAGAAGCGGAAGGAAGUUGAACGCUUGCGUGAAAAGGAAAAGCUCGAGGAGCAAAUGCUGACAAGCCGACUGGAGCAACAGUUGAAAACGAUGCAGCUGGAGGAACAGCUCGAGCACGAGCGACUACGAAGCGAAAAGAUCCGCAUUGCCAACGAGCAGAACCACAUCCGGCGCCUGCAGUUGCUGGCCAAUCUCGAGAACGACCACAAACUGUUCAACCCGUACGAUGGCCAGCGAAAGGCGUUCUCCGAAAACGGUGGUCUCAAACCAUCGAUUCCACCAACAAAAGGGACUGUUGGUGCACCAAAAGCCUCCGGAUCCUUCUCGUCCGGUGACGAGCGCACGAAGGUGUACCGGUACUUUAGCAAUUCCGCUCACCAGGAGAAGCAUGCGCACUUCGCCGAUAGCAGUGCUGGUGGGCCAGCGUCUUCGUCCACACUUUCCACGUCCGAGCAGGACUAUGAAUCUUCCAGUGAAACGACGGGUCUGUCCAACUCGCUCGCGGUUGACCAUCGCUAUCAGUACUGCAAGAGCUGCCGGGCGGACAUUGAUCGUUCGUUUCUUCCACCGACCUCGAGAAGUCUGGGAACCACCAAAGGGUCGUCAAAGCAAAAGCGACUCCAUUGCGCCAAGUGUGGUUGUAAGCGAUCACAAGGAGGCAAGGAGGACGUGUACCGUCGGUGCACGAGCUGUGCCCGGACGAUGAAGCGGACGAACAACAAUGAAUCGUCGAUGUGUGCCGUUUGUCAGCUAGCGACGGACGCGGAUAGAAACCAUCAGAAACGCCAUCGACGGGUAUCGAACACGCGGGAGGACGACGACACUGACGCCGUUUCGCCCUCCGCUAAUCCGUACAAAGUGAUCGACAUUCAAUACCACGAGAGUGACAAUGAGCAGGGUGGCGAUCAUCUGUCCGUGCUGAAUCCGGUGAUCGUGCGUAACAACUAUCGCAAGCCACCCUUCUCGCUCAACAUCAACAAGGAUUCGCUGUUUCAUCCGAGCAAGAAAACUCCGGAACCGGUCCUUUCGGUGAACAUACGCAACGGAGAGGUAUUUGUGGAUAACAAGCUGCGUGGAACGGCGGGAGGCUCGUCACGCCCCGCAAGCCCUUCCGAUGUUGACGACAGAGCCGGGCCGAUGCGCGACGAUGACACUUCUUCGGCCACCGUCGGGGAUGAUCUGCUGGACGAACGGAUUGCGAAGUACGUGCGACACUACAACACGCUUUGGAUGAAGCGUGGCACCGGUAGGAAGAACAAUGCGCACAACUUUCAACCGGACCAGCAACAAAAGUACGAUCAUGAUCAACAUCAUCACCAUCAUCAUUAUCAGGGGAUCAUGAAAAAUAGUAAAUCCGGUUCACUGCUGCCAUCGCUUUCGCCUCCGAAAGUGUACGUUAGCGAUCGGCCGGAUAACCUCAAGAGCGACGGGUUGAAGCUGGUGGAGAAAAAGUGGGAGAUUCCGGCCGUCGAGCGGACCAAGGUGAACAAUAAAGGAUCGGCCCGGGUGCUUACACAGCUCGGUGCCAUUCGGAGGCAGCUCCAGUUGGAGCAGCUGCAAAUGGACGGACCCUCGUCUUAUGGGAAAAACUAUUGAAUCUAAGCACUUGAAAACAACAUACGAAUGACAACGAAACAGCAGGCAAUUCCGUCCGAACUAGCCGUGUUCAAAGUGUCCUUCAGCGAAGAAACUUCACAACCGAUCGUUACCGGUAUUGGACAACAGCUCAAAGCGGGACUCCUUACGCCGAACUAAUUUCCAACAAUCAUUGAUGAAUAAAACAGACGAGUAACUCUCUAUUGCUGAA